AAAACCAUGCUCCCAUGUUCCUCCUCAACAGAUUUCCUGAGUUUCCCUUUGGUUCACACCUUCAACAUGCUGACGCUAAAGCUAAGCGGGAUCCUUUUGCUGCUGAUCCUGUGCCAACAUGGUAUAGAUGCAUACGUGAUCUGUGAAGGAAGAUCUGGGAUCCUCAGCUGUAGUCGGGGAACAAUAAGGAUUAUUAGAGCCACCUACGGACGGACCGAUCACACAACAUGUGCUCAUGGGCUUCCAGCUUCUCAGAUCUCAAAUACGAAAUGCAGAACACCAGUCACCAUUAUAGUUUCCUCUCGGUGCAAUAGAAAAACGAGUUGUGCUGUUUCUGCAUCAAACUCACUUUUCUCUAAUCCUUGUCCUGGAACUUAUAAAUACCUGGACGUGACUCAUAAAUGUGUCUAAGUGCGUUGUGAAGACUUCUUGUCAACUAAGUGCUUCAAACUCUGAUCCAUGUCAGCUGUCAAUAUCUGGAAGUGACUUACAGCUGUAAAUAAUAUUAUUUCUCCAGCCGUAUUUUAUGUUUUGUGUGUUAUAUAUGAAAAUGAUCGCUAUUAUAGAUGUUAGAUGCUGCUUUAUAAUAUUGUUUUUGGUCUAUCCAUUCACUCCUCAGCGAAACAAUACAUUGAAAUAUGGGGUUCAGACUAAAAUACAAAUUUCAUAACAAACCUAAUUUUACAAUAAUGGGAAACAUCCUGAUCCUAAAAUGCUUUAUUUUUGUAAAUGCAUGUCAUGGCUUUCUUUUGAUUUUGAGGUGAUUUUCUCUCAUAAAAAUGUUACACUAUUAUAUCUAUGUAAAUUACUUUUUUUUUUUAAUGACGUUUAUCAUAUUAAUGGAAAAGAAUCAUGUGAUCUGGUGAGAAAACAACUCAAAUUCUAGUAGAAGAAUCUACAAAAUGUAAGAGUUUUUCUUUAAAGCUGUUUUGUAACCAUUUGUAUUGUAAAGAAUCACUAUAAAUAAUGUGUAAAGAAUGUUGUGAAACUUAAAAUAUACAAUAAAACUAUUCUGACUUCAGUUUUAUUGACAGCCACACACACACUGUGUUUUGUUUGGUAAUGUUAAUAAAAAGUCUUCAGUGCA